AUGAACUCAUCUUCCAUCAUGGAAGCCCUUACCACUUCAAUAUACGACGAUUCCACGGCGUCGGAAGUGUUUGAGCCGGUUCCGUUGCUCAGGCAUUCCUACCAAUUGACCGUUCUCUACACUGUCGCCUACGGAGCCGUCUUCUUCACCGGAGUCCUCGGAAACACAUUUGUCGUGUUGGCUGUGUGGGCUCACAAAACUCUCAACAUAACCACGGACUACCUGAUUCUCUCGCUGGCUCUGGCGGAUUUGUUCAUCCUCUGGAUUUGCUUGCCGACCACUCUGAUCAACAGCAUUUUCACGGGUCAGUCCUUCUCGAUCGCCCCUUCAUUCAGAUCCGAUUCUUCCAGAAUGGCUCUGGGGUCAGUUCUUCUGUCGGCUGUCCACGUGGGCGAACGCAUCCACUUCCUUCGCAUCCGUCUACACGUUGGUCGCCGUGACGGCCGACAGAUACCUGGCCAUUUGCCACACGCUCAAGUACAACACAAGCUGGGAUCGUGAGUACACGAAGUAUGUCAUCUUCACGAUUUGGUUUGUUGCUGCAAUAUUCGGAAUUCCCAACUGGUACAAUUAUGCUCUGGUAACAUGGUGUGCAUGGAAUUAAAGUGAACGGAGAAGAGUUGCAGAUCGUUUGGCAUGAAGGUAACUACGGCUACCGAUUAUGUACUUCCCAGACCGACCAAAAGUUAUACUUUCUAUGCGUCAAUCUUUUGCUCGCGUUCAUCAUUCCAUUCGGAUUGAUAUCCGGUCUGUACACUAAGAUAUUCAUCACCGUUUCCACGCACAGAAGCCUUGCGGUUGACGCGAGAGUGAGCGAUGAACCUCUGAAUCACUCCCACUCUCAUCUGAUUCAGGCUCGGGAAGACAGAGUCAAACUGCGGGUGGCCACUAUGAUGCUCACCGUCAUCAUUGUGUUCGCAUGUUGUUGGCUGCCUCUCUAUUGCAUCUUCACCUACUUUUUCUUUUUCGCCGACCAACGAUCCGACCUAUUCAUGAUCACUUCCAUGGUAUUCCCGUAUCGUCCCUUUUUAAAGAGUCCUUUAAUUUUCAGUUGAUUCGUCCCAUUUUCCAAUGGAUGUCCCUGCUGUCAAGCUCUUUGAAUCCGAUCAUUUACAUCGCUUAUAGUCACAAGUAUCGACGGGCGUUCAAGACGAUUCUUCUGAUGCCGUGCAAGUCGAGGUACUUUCAGUCCGUCCGUCUUCAUUUUCUAGUUUUCGGUGCUCAGAUACGAGAGAGUUCGGAGCACUAUUCUCCGCCGUCAUUCGCAAAUCAGCCGUGGGGGAAAGUCAACUGCUACCAUCUCAAUGUCUAACUUCGGCACUGAAAUAUCAAAUCUAGGAGGAGCAUCGACUAUGCUCAUCGCACAAGACUGCAAACAAACGGAAGGCUCCACUUCCGAAUGCUGA